GGUUACCACCAGAUUGAAAUCCAGCCUCAAGAUCGGUACAAAACCGGUUUCAAGACGCGGUACGGGCAUUUUGAGUGGGUUGUCAUGCCCUUUGGCCUCACCAAUGCCCCCGCGACUUUCCAAGCAGCUAUGACGACUAAAGUUCGCGACUUGCUCGAUCGCAGCGUCCUCAUCUACCUCGACGACAUCUUGGUCUAUAGUAGGACGUUGGACAAGCACAUCAUACACCUUCGCGCUGUUUUGGAUCGUUUGCGAUUGGCCAAGUACAAAGCGAACCGCGACAAGUGCGAAUUCGCCAAGCAGGAGCUUGAGUAUUUGGGCCACUAUGUUACGCCGAAAGGCAUUCGUCCCUUAGCGGACAAGAUCCAAGCCAUUGUGGAUUGGCCGGAACCCCGUUGCACGAUGGAUGUACGCUCUUUCAUGGGUUUGGCUGGAUAUUAUCAGCGAUUCGUCGAGUCAUACUCGAAAGCGGCCGCUCCUUUGUCGAGACUUCAGUCCCCGAAGGUGCCCUUCGAGUUCGACGACGCAGCCCGUGGCGCGUUCACUACGUUGAAGGCAGCGAUGCAAGCCGCACCUGCCCUCCGUAUAUACGACCCCAUUCCCACCCAAGUGACUACGGACGCUUCGGGAUACGGUAUUGGUGCGGUGUUGGAACAGUGUCACGAGGACGGUUGGCAUCCGGUCGAGUAUUUCUCCCAAAAGGUGCCUCUUGUCAACACUCUCGACGACGCUAGGAAGAAAGAGCUACUCGCGUUCGUCACCGUUCUCAAACAGUGGCGCCACUUUCUUCUCGUCCGUCAGCGUUUUAAAUGGAAUACGGACAACAAUCCGUCGACCUUUUACAAAACGCAGGAUACGGUCAUUAGCACGAUUGGUCGAUGGGUGUAUUACAUUGACCAGUUCGACUUUGACCCGUGCCACAUUCCCGGUCCCGCCAAUCGAGCUGCGGACGCCCUCUCACGACGGCCCAGUUUUUGUGCCAUUGUGACCACGACAUUCGACCUCGAUGACGAUCUGCAGCCGCACUUCGUGAAAGGCUACAAGUCCGAUCCGACUUACUCUACGCUUUAUGCAGAGCUUUCAUCGGAUCACACGCCGGCUAGCCACUAUCGGAUUUCUGACGGGUUUCUCCUCCUUCACACGAGAGGAAAGGACUUGUUAGUUGUGCCCCAAGAUCGCAUCUUACGAACUCGUCUUCUCGGCGAAUUCCACGACGCACGACUUUCAGCACACCUUGGCGUGAACCGCACAUUAGCACGCCUCCGCCAACAUUUUCACUGGCCCGACGUCCUUCAUGACGUCACGAGGUACAUUGAGUCAUGUGCAGUUUGCCACCGUAACAAGGGUCGAUCUCGAAUCCCCUUUGGCGAACUGAAACCAUUGCCGAUUCCUCGGGCACCGCGCCUCUCAAUUGCUAUGGACGUGACAGGCCCGUUCCCCCGCGAUCGCCAUGGCCAUGACGGUAUUCUCACGGUUGUUGACGGUUUGAGCAAGUAUGAUGAGGAUUUCAGUGAGCAGGUCGAUGAGGUUCAGCGUGGGCUGGGGAGUGUAGCAGCUGGUGAAGGAGGCCAGGGACCGCAAGACAAUACAAAGUUGGUUAUACUUUUGGAGAAAAUGAAGGCAGCCGCGACAGUGAUGAAACUUCAGGAGGAGAGUGACGUGCUUGCCAAAGAGCGCAAUGAAGCUCUAGAACAACUGGAACAAGUAAAGCAAGCCCGAGAUGAAAGCACGAGGCAAGCAGCUGCUGCAUUGCAGAUGGAAAAGGCACUACGUCAACGAGAGAAUGCAGCGUGGCGUACUCAGGUCGCCAGGAUUCAGAAGCGUACAGGAGAGUAUGAACGAGAGUUCGAGGAAGUGAGGAAAAAGCUGAAGGACGCAGAAGCGGAAGCAGAAAGGCUAAGAAGGAAGGAAAAGCUGAAGGACACAUCUUAUCAGGAAUGGGCUGCUGGGAAGUCGGUACCGGCCAUGGCUGUGGUUUCUCAUGAGAUCCAUGAACAUGACCCAACGGAGAAGUCACCAUUUGAGACGGCAACAAAAUCGGAUAUAAUGGAUGCGUCGCAGAAGAUUUGUGAAACUCUCAGAACCAAGUUGCACGUGGCAGCAUACGUGGCAAUGCUGGUGGCUCCACCUGAGGAUACUCUAGAGAGAGGGACUCAACCUGGGGAUGGAACGGAGGGAGAUGAAGUCCAACCGGAGCCUUCGCCUGGUUUCUUAGUACGACCUUCCCUUAGCGAGGCGCAACACAAGGCGGUGCUGGCUGCUGCUGCAGCUGCUGCCGCGAAUCCGGGAGAUGCAGGGGGUGCUGCAGAUGUGGUUGCCCAGAUGACACAAGGGUUUCAGGCCACCGAACAAAAUGAACAGCGCGCCACAUGGUUGCAGUAUGUUGCUGCUGAUUCUUCCAAUACUUUCAUCGUCGGACAAUACCUUCUCCCAGGAGAGGGAGUUACCUAUUUGUCCUUGGUGCCACGGGGGGACAAUUACGACGACCAACCUUCCAUGGAAGAAAAUGGAACCGUCUUGGACAACUACUCUGUCCAUGUUCCGGAGUUGGUGAACGAGGGACGGAUUAAGUACUGGGCUUUGGAAUUUGGCAGGCAAUUGCCCGAUCCCCUUGAAGGCUCAUUCUUUGCCUUGGGAAUCAGUAUCGAUGGAGAGGCUAUAGGAGCAUUGUGCAUCGACACCCUUGGAAGAAAGCGGGGAGAUCUCAUCCUGUCCCAGAGGAAGAGGGGGCAGUACAGUGGCGGUAGGGAUGAGGAGAUGGAGAAGCGGAUCUCAGAGUGGGUCGCCAACUUAUCCCUGGGCGAAGAAGAAGAGGUGGCGAUGUAUAUCUCUAAGGACGAUCAGGAAGCCGCUAUGAGAGCUUGGGAAGCAGAAAAAGAUGUUGUGAAGCGGCAUGCAAUGGAAGAUGAGAAGAGAAUGGAAUGGAGGUUGGCAGUGAUGAGGGAGAAGAAGAGGAGAGUGGACGCGGCAGCGGAGGCGGCAGAAGAAUUAGAGGAGGUAAAAAAGAUAGAAGAGCAACUAGCCGCCCAGACUGAACUCCCAGCCCAAAUUGGGAAAAGGGAAGAGAAAUUUGACAACUGGGAAGCCAACGUUAAGACCUAUGUGCACUUGCAACAGGUCUCCCCGGAUCAGCAGGUUCUAAUUGCGAUCCACGCGUUGAGAGAUGAAGCCGCCAAUUUUGCAAGGUCUCUAGUUCGCGCUGCCAACUGUAGUGACGAUCCCGUUGCGUACUCCUCGUUCACGUCCCUCACCGAAUUCCUGAAAUUGUUGCACGAGCGAUUUGCUGAUGUCGCUCGCAGUGUUAAGGCCUCAAACAAGCUCCAGACCAUCCACGCUCGUAAAUGGAAGAGUGCCAGGGCGCUCAAGGGCACGAUGGAUGAAUUGGUGGUCGUCCCUGACCAUGGGGUCACAGAGGCCCAAUUGGUCAAUCUCUUCUAUCGGGCUAUGCCCGAAGCCUUUCGAGGGCAGUUCUUCGCGAAGAGCGAAGACCCUGCCACCACUUACGAUUCCCUUAGUCGUGAGGUGGUGGCUUUUGAAGCUAAGUCUGUGUCCCUGUCUACCUUCUGGCACAAGGACUUAGACAAAGGGAAACAAUGGAAAGGCCGCACUAUCUCAGGGCAGGUAAAGACCAAGGACAACCUUGUCCUGACCUUAGAUGAGGGUAGUGUGGAUGAGAUCCCCUACGAACAGAUCGAGUGGGGGUUAAAGGAAGAGGACAGCGGUGUGGGUCAGGGGAGGACUUACGCUGUUGUCGCGGCUGGAGGGAGGCCGCAAGGAGGACGAGGCCAGGGCCAAGGGGGUCGGGCCUCAGGGAGCCGGUUUCAGUGCGAUCAGGGGGUUGGCGGCAGAGGAGGAAACCGCCAAGCGGGAGGCAGGGGUCAAGGUCCCUCGCAAAAUCGUCCUAGGAAUAGGUCUCCCUAUAGGGCGUAUUUUCGCCUAGAGAAAGAUGGGAAAGUGGAGAAGGUCCUCCACUCCCUGACUCUUCUCAUAGAAGACAGCCUCCCAUUUGAUAUUGUUCUGGGAAUGGAUUGGGGAGAGGAAGCUGGGGCCACGCUCCAUUUGAAGGAGCACGAGUGUAGGCUCCCUAGUUCUUCAGGCGAGGCCAAAAUUGCCCGCCUGUUCCAUGUGUCAGGAGUAGAGAAUCCCUUGGCACAUUGCUGUCUUAGUGCUCCUGCGUUCGCCAGGUUGCUGAAAAAGGAGAAAUUGGAGGAACAGGUUUUUGUUGCCUGUGUUAGGCCGGUGAUUGAGCCUACGGAAGAAAAGUCGAUGGACCCUGCGAUUGCCAAGCUGCUGGAAGAAUUCAAGGAUCUAACUGAGCCGCCGAUAGGAGUGGUACCGCGGCCCAUCCAGCAUCGCAUUGAGAUAGAGCCUGGCAGUAGAACUCCUAAGGGCGCUGUGUAUAGGAUUUCCCCACGGGAGUUAGAGGAGCUUCGCAAGCAAUUAGACGAGCUCCUCGAGAAGGGUUGGAUUAGGCCCAGUUCGUCUCCUUUCGGAGCGCCUGUUCUCUUUGUUCCUAAGAAAAAGGGAGAGCUGAGGAUGUGCAUAGACUAUAGGGGUCUGAAUGCUAUUACAGUAAAGAAUGCUGAGCCACUGCCUUGGAUAAACGAUCUCUUAGAUCGAGUGCAGGGGGCAAAGUAUUUUUCCAAGAUAGAUUUGAAGUCCGGAUAUCAUCAGAUGGAAGUGCAUCCUGAUGAUCAGUAUAAGACAGCCGUCCGGACUAGAUAUGGGCACCACGAGUUCAUAGUAAUGCCCUUUGGACUAACCAAUGCGCCAGCUACAUUCCAGCGCUGUAUGAACGAUUUGUUUAGGCCGUGGUUAGACAUAUUUGUUGUAGUUUACCUAAAUGACAUUCUAGUGUUUAGCAUGACCCUCGAAGAGCAUCAGGGUCAUCUCAGGCAGGUCUUGGAGAAGCUGAGGGAAGCUAACUUCAAGAUCAAUGCAAAGAAGUGCGAUUGGGCGAAAACCCAAGUUUUGUACUUGGGCCACGCCUUAGACGGAGACGGCGUUAAGCCAGAGGAUAGCAAGAUCGCAGCGAUUAGAGAUUGGCCCACGCCUCGUACGCUGACAGAGUUGCGUUCGUUCCUGGGCUUAGCUAAUUACUACCGGAAGUUCGUGAGGAACUUCUCCACCAUCGUUGCGCCCCUUCGCAGAUUGUUGAGAAAGGAGACCAUCUGGAAGUGGGAUAAGGACUGCACGUCUGCCAUGAAGAAGUUAAAACAGGCAUUGAGAGAGUAUCCAGUCCUUAAAGUGGCUGAUCCGUCCUUGCCAUUUGUCGUCACGACCGAUGCGAGUCAAUACGGCAUAGGCGCAGUGUUACAGCAAGACGAUGGCAAUGGGUAUAGACCCGUAGAGUUCAUGUCCACCAGAAUGCCUUCAGAGAAGGUCGCGACAUCUAACUAUGAGAGGGAACUCUACGCUCUCAGGCAAGCSUUAGACCACUGGAAGCACUACUUGCUUGGGAGGCACUUCAAAGUCUAUUCYGACCAUGAAACGUUACGAUGGUUAAAGACGCAGGCCAAGAUGACACCUAAGCUUACUAGGUGGGCUGCAGAGAUAGAUCAGUACGACUUUGAGCUCAAGCCUGUCAAAGGGAAGUACAACGUAGUUGCGGACGCUCUGAGUAGGAGGGCAUAUUACUUUGGGGCGAUAGUGCAUUAUCUCGACAUAGGGAAGGACCUGCAGCAGAAGGUGAGUCUUAUCAGGGAGGCGGCACGUGUGCUUGCGAAGAUGUACACAGUCAUUCGGGAAGAGCGAGUGGCGAAGCUGCAGGCCAUGACACGAAUUCUGACAGCGCUUAAGAGCAUGGAGGACGAGGACAAUCAAUCAUGGGCUGUUGCAACGGAGACUCUCGCAGAAUUUGAGAGGCUGCAGAAAAAGGUGAUAGAGAUCAUGAAGGAGCCGGACAUGAGUGCGCAGGCGGCAGAAAUGGCAAGUUAUGCACGGCCGAUCCCGGUGACGAUCACUUUGUGGAUGUGCUUUUUCAUGGUGAUAUCAGGUAAGCUGCUGCCGUUCGGCAACCUUGACGAAUGCCUGAAAGAACUGCGAACGUUUAAGGCAUCAGACAGGCCGGUCGACACGCCCUUCCUGCUGGAUUGCUGGGUGAAUCUGCGACCAUUCAUUCUGGGCAAAGCGAACAUGGCACAGCGCUUAGGGAUAUCAGUGCGCAUUAGACACAGUACGCGGCGGCGAGGGAACGUCCCAGCCUUUCUCAUGGAAAACGCAGAAAGCGAAAAGAAGAAGAGCUUUGAAGCGGUGCUGAAAUGGGUAGAUGUAGUGCUCUCAGAAGUCACAGAGGCAGAGGCAUUCAACGUGGCGCGGGUGUGCGGACUGGUCUACACAUGGGUGCGACUGUGCAGUGGAAUCUUCCACUUGAAGAGGAAGAUGAAGAAGAAAGCGAUAGAGAUCGCGGAUCGGCAGAAGUAUUAUCAGAUGCAGCUGCAAAGCGAGCUGGGGAGGACGAUGUCCGACGACCCCUCCGAGUAUGCAUCGGGAAAUGAAGCAGCGGAUGGAGGGGCGUCGUCGGACGUUGGAACGACGGCGUCAGGAACGUCGGCAGGCGAGGGGGUGACUCCAGGGGGAGCUUCUGCAGCGACUGGGGGGACAGGCACAUCGGGGACUGACGCCACCCCCACCACCCCUGGUACACCCGUCUCUCAAGGUGGGGCCACUCCAACUCCGUUGCAAUUGCCGCGUAUACGCCAGCUCAAAGAAGGGAGAUCGAGCAAAAGGUUCUCGAGGCAAGGGAGUGACAAAUCAGACACGUCUUCUAGGGGCUCUGUCAACGCACUUCCUCCCCUCAGUCCCUCGCGCAAAAGUAGCCGGCAAGCAUCCAUCUCGGGGAAAAGGAGAGAAACGAAUGCAAGCUUGCUGACCAGAAAGGAGACCUUGUCAGCUGCGGCAUUAGAGAAGGAUUUGGAGUUCAUAGGCAAUGUUCAGGGCAAACUGCAGACGCAACAAUCACUCUCAUCUCUAGGUGGAGCAAGGCUACCUGGAGCGUCCAUGAAGAAGUGAGGCGGAAGUUAAAACGGGGAGACUAGAAUUGCUGAAUGUCGUGGAGGGCAGUUUUGUCGUGAGCAUUCCAAAGUUGUGAGAACUCCCACAGGAUGUAGGCGUAAGCAGUGGGGGAAACCGUCCGUCACCCCCACGAUGCGUCAUGCGUCGUCGAUGUCUGGACCUAAGUAAGAUCGUCAGUUCGAGUCCAUCGGUGAAUGUACCCGCCAUCAACGUCGGGACCUAAGUAAACGAUCGUGAGUUGACAUCCGUCGAGCAGCGGGGAAAAAUCAAAUCCAUCGGUGAAU